GGUCUUCGGCAGCCUGAAUGGCACCGAGGAGCCCCCGCCGCAAGGUCUGGGUUCUCUUCGAGAACCUGGGAAGCUGCUCCGCCGGUGGAACAUCCGAGGAGUGGCCGGGGCGCAGCCUGCAGCUCCUCCUUCCGUCCUGCCAUCGGCUCCCCAAAUAAAGGGUCGAGAAGCCCGCCUGGAACCCCCUCCCUCCGGCGGGGACAGGGAUGCGGCGGCGGAGAGCCACCCCCGACGGGGCGGGCGAGUCCCCAAGCUUCCCGCGGGCGCCGCCCUCGUCUCCUCCCGAGGAGGCCUCGGCCUGGAAACUCCAGCUCCGGCAGCUCCGCUUUCUCUGCCCACCAAAAUCAGACGGCCGACUCGGAAGCAGGAACGCCUUCUUCGACGACCCCAGGAGGCCAGGCCGCCUCCUCCGGCGCACCCGCCCCAGUCAAACGGAGGCUUCCCCAACUGUGGGGGGCGAGCGAAGCCGGGGCGCCCCCUCGGAGCUCGCCUCGCCUUUCCAGGCGGCUGCGGAGCAGCAGAUUGGGCCCGUCCUUGGCGCCGCCGGGCGGGUGCCGAGCCAGGACGGAGCGCAGGACCCUCGAGCCGGGCCGGGCCAGGAAGGGGGCGCCGCCUUGGCAGAAGAGGAGCCGCCCCGCCUGCCCGCAAGUCAAGGUUGCCGUGGCUGCAGCGAGCAGGUCGCCGGGUCUCUGCUCCGGGAGGGGCGGGCCGCUUAAGCCAAGCCUUGAGAACGGGAGGCGGAACGGAAAACACGCAGCGCCCCCCACCCGCAACACACAAACCCAGGAGAGCGCGCAUUGCCGUCCAAAGGGGGGCGGUUCUUGCGGGGCCCGGAGCCAGCGGCAAACUUCCCUGGGGGCGCAGCCUGCUGCCUCCGGGGUGCUGAAACGGCGUUCUCCCCACGCCUGCGCUGGAGCGGAGGAUCGCUCGUCCGGGGCGUGGGGGACACACAAGCCAGCGCCGCCGGGCAGGGCGAGGAAGCGUGGGCGCUUCUCUCGUGGGGGGGGGAUCCCUCCGCUCAUGGCCGCCUGCCCCGCCUCGGGGCAGAGCGGGAGGCUGCAAGCGCUGGCCAAUUUCGAGGCGAUUUCGAGCCGGGGAGGAAGGGGCCCCUGCCCAGCAGCCGCGAGUGCCCCCCCAUGUAGCCGCGCCCUCUUACCUGGCCCCACGGCCUCCCUCGGGAGCGGCGCCGUCCCUGCUGCUGCUGCUGCUGCCGCCCCUCCCCGGCUGCUGCUCCUGGGGGCUCCGCGGCGGCGGCUCCGGCUCGGUUGGCCAUGCGCCCGUCGGCGGCUCCUCCUGUCCGCCUGCCGGGGCCGCGGCGGGCGUCGCUCAGUCGGCGGGGCCGGAGGGCGGCUCCUCCAUCCGGGCGCGUCCCCUGCCCCCUCGCCCGGUGGCCCGGCCGCGCCUUGCCCGCUCCGCCGUCCUAGUCCUGCUCGCCUGCGUCGGAGCGCGGCUCGGCUGCCGGCGUCGCGGAGGCGGCGGUGGCUCCUCCUCUCCUCCCCCCCCCCACCGCCGAAGCCGAGCAGGCGCCGUAGCCCCGGCUCGGCCAUGCCCGCUGGGGGGAGCCUCUCCGCCGCCAGGAACCGGCCAGCUCCGGGAGCGCCCCUCGACCCCCGCGCACCCCUUCCCUGGCGUUGCCUCGCCUGCUUUUUGGCUCCCGAGAGCGGAGCGGGGAUGCCCUUGGCGCAAGACGGCGGCGCCGGGCGCGCUUCUCUCCGUAAUGCCGCCGGGCAGCCGAGGGCCGGGGUGGGGCGCUGA